AUGUUCUCUGCCUUCCUCCGUCGAGCCACCUCCGUCAAGGAAAAGAUCCCGAUCUUGAACAAACUGCACCUCAACUUCAUUUUCCUCCACUAUGCCUAUAUCAUGUCCUGGGCCAUUCUGGGUUCAAUCAUCCUGUACCCGGAGGGCAACAUCCGCUACAUCGAUGCCCUCUUCCAAGCCGCCGGCGCCGCCACCCAGAGUGGACUGAACACCGUCGAUCUCAAUGGCCUCCGACUCUACCAACAGAUAUUCCUGUACCUGAUUACGUGUCUGUGUACCCCGAUCUUCAUUCACAGCGCGCUGGUAUUCAUCCGAUUAUACUGGUUCGAAAAGCGUUUCCAGCACGUGGUUCGAGACGCUCGAAUAAUGCGACGGACCCGGUCGCGGAUGGACACCGUAACCGUGGACCGGGAAAGCGAAGAUGUCAACCGGGCGGAGCUGGGAGUCAGCGGGCGACCGAUUGUCGUGGUCCGGGAUGGUGAGGGCGAUGCGCGGGACGGUCGGUUGACGGAUGCGGCCAGCAAAGCCGUCGAUUCCGGGAUCAACACCCCGGCACGGACAGCGAGCGUCGACUCCAGCUCUGAGGACACAGACACCAGCGCCGAGCCGCGAUUUGGACUUGGUAGCUUGAAAGUGCCAACGCGUCUGGAUCCCGAGCGACACAUUGCUUUCUUGGAAAAACAGCGGAAGGAUAAAGGUGCGCUGCGCAUUCCCAGUCCUCGGGAGUACGAUCGGGGUGGUGCGCCCGAGGCGUUAGAAGAGGAUUUGGAACAGGAGGAUGAGCAGGCUCAGCCCUCCGAUGACCGCAAGAACGUCGCAGAACACCCUGAAGACCAUGAUCAGCUUGGUCCACUCGAAGGACCGCACAUUACCAUCAAUGAGCCGGACAUUCCCAGAAAUCGGCCUCGCGGCAACACCUUCCCUCGAUUGGAAACGCGUCCUACUUUCCGUGAAACCAAGGACGGCAAUGAAACUACGACCCUCGCACCUACCACAACCAAGAACACGUUCAGGAGCGUGUUCAGGUCUCUGACGCAAGAGCGGGAUCUCAACACCCAGCCUUACCUCAGCUGGAAUGCGACAGUGGCCCGAAACUCCAAUUUCGUUGAUUUGACCGAGGAGCAGCGUGAUGAGCUUGGCGGUAUCGAAUACCGUGCGCUUAAGACCCUUGCAGUUGUUCUCAUUACCUACUAUGUCGGCUUCCAUCUGAUCGGUAUGCUGAGCAUGAUCGGCUGGAUCAUGACAGAGGACAAAUGGGGCAAUGUCGUACGUGCGGACGGAGUCGGCCGACCGUGGUGGGGAAUCUUCACUGCUGCUUCUGCGUUCAACGAUCUGGGUUUCACGUUGACACCCGACUCCAUGUACUCCUUCCAGACAGCGGUCUUUCCUUUGCUGAUGCUGUCAUUCUUGAUCAUCAUCGGUAACACCGCCUUCCCGUGCAUGCUUCGUCUCAUGAUCUGGGUUCUCUCGAAAUUCACUCGCACUGGCUCUGCCCUUUGGGAAGAGCUGAAGUUCCUCUUGGACCACCCCCGCCGAUGCUUCACUCUCCUGUUUCCCCGAAACGCUACAUGGUGGCUGUUUGCCAUUCUCGUGGCUCUCAACGGUAUUGAUCUGAUCUUCUUCGUGAUUCUGGAUCUCAAAGAUUCUGCCGUCACGGCGCUAUCUCCUGGCAUCCGAGUCGUGGAUGGCUUCUUCCAAGCUGCUGCCACACGAACCGCCGGUUUUGGAAUCAUCAGUCUAUCGGAACUGCACCCGGCAAUCCAAGUCUCCUACCUGAUCAUGAUGUAUAUCUCCGUCUUCCCUAUCGCCAUCUCCAUGCGUCGAACCAAUGUCUACGAAGAGAAGAGUCUGGGAAUUUAUGAUGCCGCCGAUGAAGACCACGACGAGGAAACGAACGCCCCUACCUAUAUCGGAGCUCACUUGCGACGCCAGCUGAGUUUCGAUUUAUGGUACGUGUUCUUGGGUCUUUUCAUCAUCGCUAUUUCCGAAGGUGGUCGAUUGCAGGAAGAUACCGACUACUCAUUCCAGCUGUUCACCGUCCUCUUCGAAGUCGUGUCAGCAUAUGGAACUGUCGGUCUAUCUUUCGGAUACCCAACUGCCAACACCUCUUUCUCGGGGCAGUUCAACGUGGUAUCGAAACUAGUCAUCAUCGCCAUGCAAGUUCGUGGUCGGCACCGUGGCCUCCCCUACGCUCUGGAUAGGGCCGUGCUUCUGCCCUCCGACGCGCUCAAUAGACACGAAGCGGAGCAGGAUGAACGUCGCUUGCAGCGCCGUGCAUCAAACCUCAGUGGUGGCGAAUCCUUCGCACGUUCGCGUUCUUUCGCCCCUGCACAGUCUCGCACCCUCUCCCAAGCGAGAAAUGACGGCGGUGUUGCGUCCGGCCAUGAGUCUCAUGACUGGAGCUUGAAUCCUGCGCCGAAUGCGCCUUCCGUUGUCAAGCGCUCCUCGACUGUUCGAUCUAACCGGUAG